AGGACCCGGCGCAGGAUGGGAGGCACCGCUGGGUUCAUCCACACCUCCCUGGCCGUCGGCACCUUCCUGGUUUGGUGCCAAGCCCAGGGCGGGAUGAGGAGCUACGGGCCGGUGUUCGAGGAGCAGCCAUCCCACACGCUCUUCCCUGAGGGCUCGGCAGAAGAAAAGGUCACCCUGGCCUGCCGGGCCCGGGCCAAUCCCCCCGCCACCUACAGGUGGAAGAUGAAUGGCACGGAGCUAAAGCUGGAGCCGGAUUCCCGCUACAGGCUGGUGGCCGGGGAUCUGGUGAUCAGCAACCCCGUGAAAUCCAAGGAUUCCGGCUCCUACCAGUGCGUGGCAUCCAACUCCAGGGGCACCGUGGUGAGCAGGGAGGCCUCGCUCCGCUUUGGCUUUUUGCAGGAAUUCUCAGCGGAAGAGCGGGACCCCGUGAAGAUCGCCGAGGGCUGGGGGGUGAUGUUCACCUGCAGCCCCCCGCCCCACUACCCAGGUUUAUCCUACCGGUGGCUCCUGAAUGAGUUCCCCAAUUUCAUCCCUGCUGAUGGGAGACGUUUCAUCUCCCAGACCACGGGCAACCUCUACAUUGCCAAGACAGAGGCCUCGGACCUGGGCAACUACUCCUGCUUUGCCACAAGCCACAUGGACUUCAUCACCAAGAGUGUCUUCAGCAAGUUCUCCCGCCUCAGCCUGGCUGCAGAGGAUGCCAGGCAGUUCCCACCCAGCAUCAAGGCCAAGUUCCCUGCGGACACCUACGCUCUGACCGGGCAGGUGGUGACCCUGGAGUGCUUCGCCUUUGGAAACCCCGUGCCCCGGAUCAAGUGGAGGAAGCUCGAUGGGCCACAGUCCUCCAAGUGGAUCGGCAGUGAGCCCCUGCUGCAGAUCCAGCAGGCUGGAUUUGAGGAUGAGGGGACGUACGAGUGUGAGGCGGAAAACGCCAAAGGGAGGGACACCUACCAGGGACGCAUCAUCAUCCACGCCCAGCCCGACUGGCUGGACGUGAUCUCGGACACCGAGGCCGACAUCGGGUCCGACCUGCGCUGGAGCUGCGUGGCCUCGGGCAAGCCCCGGCCCACGGUGCGGUGGCUGCGGGAUGGGCAGCUCCUGACGUCCCAGAACCGCAUCGAAGUGAGCGGUGGAGAGCUGAGAUUUUCCAAGCUAGUCCUGGAGGACUCUGGCAUGUAUCAGUGUGUGGCUGAGAACAAGCAUGGCACAGUUUAUGCAAGUGCUGAAUUAACAGUGCAAGCCUUAGCUCCAGAUUUUAGACUAAACCCGGUGAAGCGCCUGAUCCCGGCAGCCCGCAGUGGGAAGGUCAUCAUCCCGUGCCAGCCACGAGCAGCACCAAAAGCCACCGUGCUCUGGACCAAAGGGACAGAACUCCUGGUCAACAGCAGCAGGGUGACGAUUACGGCAGACGGGACCCUGAUCCUGCAGAACAUCAGCAAAUCCGAUGAGGGAAAAUACACCUGCUUUGCUGAGAACUUCAUGGGCAAAGCCAACAGCACUGGAAUCCUCUCUGUCCGAGAUGCCACCAAGAUCACGCUGGCACCAUCGAGUGCCGACAUCAACGUGGGCGAGAACCUCACCCUGCAGUGCCACGCAUCCCACGACCCCACCAUGGACCUCACCUUCACCUGGUCCCUGGAUGAUUUCCCCAUCGACUUUGACAAGUCCGAGGGGCACUACCGGCGAGCCAGCGCGAAGGAGGCCAUCGGGGACCUCAGCAUCUCCAACGCGCAGCUGCGGCACUCGGGGCGUUACACCUGCACGGCCCAGACUGUGGUGGACAGCGCGUCCGAGUCAGCCACGCUCACCGUCAGAGGACCUCCAGGCCCACCUGGAGGGGUGGUGGUGAGGGACAUCGGAGACACCAGCGUCCAGCUGAGCUGGAGCCGUGGCUUCGACAACCACAGCCCCAUCGCCAGGUACCUCAUCGAGGCCCGGACCCUCCUGUCCAACCAAUGGAAGCAGAUGCGCACCAAUCCCAUAAACAUCGAGGGCAACGCGGAGACGGCGCAGGUGGUGAACCUCAUCCCGUGGAUGGAUUACGAGUUCCGGGUCCUGGCCAGCAACAUCCUGGGAAUUGGGGAGCCCAGUCUGCCCUCCAGCAAAAUCCGCACCAAGGAAGCAGCACCGACAGUGGCACCGUCCGGGCUCGGCGGCGGCGGAGGGGCUCCCAACGAGCUCAUCAUCACCUGGACGCCGACGCUGCGGGACUACCAGAACGGGGACGGCUUUGGGUACAUCGUGUCCUUCCGGAGGAAGGGCAGCCAGGCCUGGCUGAGGGCGCGGGUGCCGCACGCGGAGUCACUGCACUUCGUGUACCGCAAUGAGAGCAUCGCGCCCUACACCCCCUUCGAGGUGAAGAUCAGGGCCUACAACAGGAAAGGGGAGGGCCCCGAGAGCCUCACGGCCAUCGUGUACUCGGCAGAGGAAGAACCCAAAGCGGCUCCUUACAGGGUCAUUGCCAAGUCUGUCCUGUCCUCGGAGAUGGAUGUGUCCUGGGAGCCCGUGGAGCAGGGAGAAAUGACUGGAGUGCUUUUGGGAUACGAGAUCCGGUACUGGAAGGACGGGGACAAGGAGGAGGCGGCUGACAGAGUGAGGACAGCGGGGCUGGUGACAUCGGCCCACGUCACUGGCCUCAACCCCAACACCGACUACCACGUGUCAGUGCGAGCCUACAACCGGGCAGGGACCGGCCCCCCGAGCCCCGCCACCAACGUCACCACCACGAGACCUCCACCAAAAAGGCCACCUGGGAACAUCUCCUGGACUUUUUCCGGCUCCACAGUCAGCAUCAAGUGGGACCCCGUGGUGGCCAAGGCAGACGAGUCGGCGGUGACGGGGUACAAGAUGCUCUACAGGCAGGAUUCCCACUCGGCCCCCACCCUGUACCUGGCCAGCAAGAGCCACAUCGACAUCCCCAUCCCUGAGGAUUUCACUCACGCCUUUGUCCAGAUCCGGGUGACCGGGCCCGGCGGGGACGGGACCCCGGCAGAAGUUCACAUCCUCAGGAACAGCGGGACGAGCAUGAUGGUGGAGGACUCGGGGAUGAGGCCGGCGCCGCACGUCGUGGUUGUCACCACCAACUCCCUGCUGAUGGUGGCCCUGAUCAGCUCCCUGGAGCUCUGACCUCGGCUCCUCCCCAUCCCAUGGGAACCACGCAAAUCCCACGGGAACAACACCAAAUCCCAUGGGAACACCACCAAAUCCCAAGGGAACAACACCAAAUCCCAUGGGAACAACACCAAUCCCACUUCAGGGUAGCACCGCAGGGAGAGAGAGGAUUGGACCACGUGGUUGGAAGGGAGGAAGAAAUUAAAAACAGCUUUGGUUUUGUUUGUUUUUGGUUUGGAGGAACAAAAGCUUUCAUACAAGACAUGGGUCUUUAACUGAUUAAAUGUUUUUUAAGGAAAACGAAGAAAAUGAGGAAUUCUCCGGGAAUUCUGCAGCCAGCUGCCCCCGCCCUCACUGUAUCCAUAGGUUUUCUGCCUUAUCGAAGCCAUGUAUGAGAUAACCAGACUGCUAAAUUUGACUUUUUUUUUAACUCUGUACAGUGAAUUCCGUGGGGGGACGGGGACUGAGGAGUUCAGGGACCAGCAUGUUCCACACCCAUCCCGCCACAGCCAGCUCGGAGCAUUUGUGGGACGGGAUUGAUCCUUUUUCCCCACAAAAAAGAGCCAAACCCUGCAGGAACCAGCCCGAGGAGACAAACCCACGGGAGGGUCGAGCUCGACCCCAGCCUGAAAAGCUUUUUUUACUACUCUGGUGAUCACUUGCAGCCCCAACCUGGUGCUUUUCUCAGCUGUGAGGUGCAAAUUCCGUGUUUUCCCAUAUCCCAUGUGCUUUUGGGGUGGAUUUGUCACCUUGUUUGCCUCUUUGGGAGAAGGGGAUCCUUUCCCAGAAUCCUUAAUUUGGGCAGCUCUGCCUAAAAACAGAGGUGUCAAUAAAUCCAAUUUCAGAGGGGCUUAAAGAAGGAAUUUUUAAAAAAUGACAAAAUUAAAACAGGAAUGGGAGACUCGAGGAAGCCACUGCUGGGACAAGAAGGAAAAUUUGGACCCGGAUUCAUCUCCCUGCACUGAGAAUUCACCCAGCCAAAAUUCCAGGCUCUCAUUGGGACUGCAAAGCUGAGAUCCAGCCAGGAAGAGGCUCUGGAUUCCAGCUCCGACGGCCGCCGGACAUCCCAAGGAAGCUCUGGGAUGCUGAGGAGCCCCCUCCGCUCCAGAGGCUGGGAAAAGCAGGAAUGCUGAGCUGAGCACCCACAGGACUGGCUGGGAAUCGAUGUUGCCUGUUGAAAUCUCUGUCUCCCAGUAAAGCAGUUGACCAAAGUUAACGAGAAUUGGUUGGUGUUGCUGCUGGUUCCAUCCCAAGGGGCGUUUAGGGAUUUUCCCUGGCUGUGAUUCCUCAAUCCCAGAGAAAACCGUGCCAGCCUGGGCAAUCCCGACCCUGGAAUUUCCUGGCUGGGCCCUGAUGUGCAGUUUUCCCUUUAAAUGCCAAUUCCUCGCCCUUUUUAGCCCAGGUGGUGGCAGGGAAAUCCCUCUCCAGACAGGGCAGCUCAGGCUUUGUUAAGCCCCGUUUUGGGCAGUCCCUUCUGGCAUUCCAUUAAUCCAGGGUUGGGAGAGCCACGGGGAGGGGUCUGCACCCGCAAAUCCGGCAUUUGGACCUCGGGAAAUUACAAAAAUCUACACUUUUGGCUUGGAAUCCUCCUUAAAAGCUCUCAGAUCUUCCUAAAAUACAGCUCAGGGGUUAAAGGUGUGCAGAGCCAGGGAGAGAAGUGGAAUUUGGGGGAUUUGGAAGGAGGAUGGAGAGAGGGAAGGAUGAAGGAAGGAUGGGAAGGAUGGAGAAAGGGAAGGAUGAAGGAAGGAUGGGAAGGAUAGAGAGAGGGAAGGAUGAAGGAAAGAUGGAGAGAGGGAAGGAGCCCUGGCCAGCUCCAGCCUCUGGUGAUCCCAAAGGUCCCAGAGCUCAGAGCAGAGAGACAUUUUUUCCUAAAUUUCUGCCCUUUGUGAUGGGAAUUCAUUGGCAGUGAUUAAGAAAAGAUGAUUUUGCAGGGAGAGAGGGGAAAAAGGAGGGAUGGGGAUGCUCUUCCAAGGGUUUUUACUUCCCUCCUUGCACUGAGAUCCAUCCUCUGCUAUUCCCUUUUCCUGCCUUCUCCCUUUCUUUCCCUAUUAUGAUAAACAUCCCCCAAUCCUUAAUAUCCCUUCAAAAAUCAAAGAGCACCCCCUUAAAAAAAUCCCAUUAAAGGCCCUUUGUGACAGCUGGACCCCAGUGGCCAUCCCAGCCGUCGGUCUCCAAAUAAAAACUCCAAUUACGGAUUCAUUUUCCCGGCUCUGAGCAUCUGGCUCCCCUCAGAAAUUACAAAACCCCGCAAUCCAAAGAUGAAGGAGAUUUUUGGCUCCCGCUCUGACUCCCCCAGCAGAGCUGGAGCUUUCAUCCCGCUGGAUUUGGGAAUCCCAGCUGGGCCCAAGACAUUGAAAUUUCCAUGACAAAGAGCAGAGAGGCUCCUGCAGAUGGGGCAGCUCUGGACCAUUAACUCCCAGCCCGCUGUGAUGGGUCAUUCCUGAUUUUUCCAUGUUCAGGAGGUGAAAAAAACCCUCUGGGAAUCAGCUCUGGGAAGUGCCUGGUUUGGUUUUCAUUCAAAUAAAUAAAAUUAUUUCCUUCCAUCCCCA